GGGAGGUGUCCGACCGACUCCAGGGUCCAAUUCUUUCUGCCCUUUCUGUUCUCCUUGGUUUUGUCUCUACAUCUUUUCUCUUUUGUGAUUUUGCGUUUGCGAGUAGUGUCUUGUAUUCUUGAUUUGCUUGAAGCGAGUAACCUUGAUCUGACCGUGCUCUGCUGGCUUGUUACUAUGAGUGAAAAGGCGACUGUAGAGGCAACGCCUCUUCUACGACGACGACUUCAACAACGACCACGGAAGUCACAUUAUUCCACCGUGUUAGGCCUUUUGGCGGCUGUCUGUCUUAUCACCUUCUUCCAUCACCGACCUUAUCCUUAUCCAGUGAACAUCGAGGAUCCAGCGGACAAGCCAUGGACUUGGAGCGAUGUCAAGCCAAGCCGAAAACUCAAUUGGGAACCGUGUUAUGAAAAGUUCGAGUGUGCAAGACUUGACGUCCCAAUGGACUGGCUUGAGCCCUCGGAUGAUAAGAGAGUUGUCCUUGGUGUUAUCAAGCUACCGGCCAAGACAAAUCACAACCAUGUUUCUCCGCUCUUUGUGAAUCCUGGAGGACCUGGCGGAUCGGGAGUUUCCUUUGUAAGAAAAGAGGGACAUAUCCUACAAGCGGCUGUCGGUGACAACCAUGACGUUAUCAGCUUCGAUCCCCGUGGAGUCGGCGUCUCUACACCUCGAGUUGAAUGCUGGGGCUCUUCUCAAAAGAGAAAGCUAUGGAGUCUCCAAGACACACCCGUUGCCGACGAACACCCAGGUCUUAUCUACGAUGCCUAUGCCCGAGCAUCUGCCUACUCCGGAACUUGUGAGCAGGCCAUGGAGGAAACUGGUCUUAUGCAGUUCCUCGGUAGUGCAUCCAUUGCUCGAGACAUGCUAGAAAUUCUUGACAAGACAGGUCAUGAGAAGCUACGGUACUGGGGAUUCAGCUAUGGCACUGUUCUAGGUGGCGUUUUUGCUGGACUAUACCCUGAGCGUGUUGAGAGACUGGUCAGCGACGGAAAUGUUGACUAUCACGACUGGUUCAACUUGGAUCACGGCAACUUUGUCUCUGACACAGACAUGAUCUUCGACGGCUUCGAUAAAGCCUGCCAUAAAUCCGGGCCCCUCAAAUGUGCUUUUUAUGCAGACUCGCCAAAAGCCAUUGAGGAACGUCGAAGCAAUCUCCUCGCCCAUCUCAAAAAGUCGCCUGUUCUCGUUCCAGCUUGGACUCACGAUUCCGGCCCUGAACUACCUCUCCUCAUCACCUAUUCCCAUCUCCAACGCCUUAUCCAAACUUCCAUUUAUGCUCCGCUGAAGAAGUUCCCUCAACUUGCUCGUGUGUUCGCUUCUUUAGAAAAGGGCGAUGGAAUCCCCUAUUAUGAGAUGGUGAUGGAAGGUAAAAACAAGAGCCUCAACGGAGAUAUGUGCGAACUGGGAGAAACUCCUGCAACUAUGCCCCUUGAGACCCCUAUGGAGCUCGACGCUUUCCCUGCUAUUAUGUGUCUGGACUCAAAGCCUGUGACGGAAACGCCACAUGAGAUUGCAGACUACUUUGACAGAAUCACACACAAGAGUCGUUGGGCGGGAGCAGUCAACUCCAAUUUCCGUGUGUCUUGCGUCGGAAGAAAGACGAGGCCAAAGUGGAAGUUUACAGAUGCCGACUUUAGGGGUGAUACUGCCCAUCCAAUUCUAUACAUUGGCAAUAUGGCAGAUAAUGUGACGCCUUUGCAGAGUGCGUUUAACAACUCUGCCAAGUUCCCCAGCUCAGUUGUUCUCAAGCAGAACUCCUACGGUCAUUGUUCGUUGGCGGCGCCCUCAGCAUGCUCCCUUACUUAUAUACGAGAAUACUUCCAGAAGGGCACAUUGCCCCCUGCUGGUGCCGAGUGUGAUUCCGAUUAUGAUCUUUUCGAGAUGCCUGGGUUGGAAGAAGAUGUGGCUGGUUUGGAUGAGCUCAGCUCGAUUGCGUUCAAGUUAUCAAGAGAGGUUGAGCUUCCCAAGGCCUUCUGAGAAGGUUGAGGUUCCCUUGUCCUCAGGCUUACGAACCUCGGGAAGGUUCAGUGAGACGAGAUGAAGCAUUAGUUCUAUCUAGCGGAGAGUUGUGGACAUGACUAGAACGAUAUGAAAGACACAAGAUAUGAAUCAAGAAUUUAACUAGUAAAAUGAACCCUUGUGGCUCUAAGCAUUCUAACCCGAGUCCCGGCCGUCCCGCUGCCAUUAGCAAGCCUCAUUGUUCGUUAUGCUUAACAUGAUGUCCGUGAUGUGCCUUUUCAGGCAUUCUUAGACCCUGAUCAACCUCCUCCUUCACCUUCUUGGCCAAUUGCUCACCUCUCAAUCUUUCUUCUUCUCUCAUCCUUUCCUCCUCUUCAAACGAAAUAGCAUGCUUCCAGUUUCCAGCUCCACCUCUCCCACCAAGUCCUCCCCUCGCAACGUGAUUCUUCUUGAGACUUGCAUUCACAGCAGCCGCUGUCUUCUGAGCCAUCUCGUCUUGCUCUUUGGCGUCUGGUAGUUCCUCUGGAUUGACGUAAUUGCCGAAGCCACCACGGCCAGCCCGUGAUGGGCCGUUGGCGGACGGCUGGACUUCUUCUGUUGCUAGGUUCUGUGCUUCAAGAUCGGCCUGAGAGUGUGAGAUGCUGAAGAGAUGAUUGUGCAAGGUCAGCUUACGUUGGCGGCAUCUUCAGGUUUGCUUGAUACAAAAUUCCCGGCGCCGCCUCGGCCGACUUUGCGGUAUACGUCCUGAUCAGGCAUGUUGUGAUGUUGGUUGUAUUGUGUGAAGUUUAGAUACACGUGUUGACUACUCGUAAACUAUGUCGUCGCAGUAACAACAGAUUUGACUUUUACUCUCCAAAAGAAAAUAAAAAAGCAAAGAGAAAAAAAUAUUUCCCUCGCUCUUUAAGUCUCACAAAUUAUUAAAAUACAGUCGUCACUACGCCACUGACCAGCGUGGGGGGUGGUCUUCU